AUGGUUAUUGAAAAGUCUGUUUUACCUGAUAAGUUUUCGGCGGGUCCUCAUGGCCUAGGUGAUCCAGAAGAUAAAACAUUAAGAAAAGUGGAAAAGGAAGUGUUAAUACCAAAACUUAUGAGAGAAAAAGCAAGAGCUGAAAAAUGUAUUAAAGAAGUAGCCGACUUUAAUCAAUGCUGUUUGGAUUCAUCCAUAUUUAUGGUAGUUAAAUGCAGAGAAGAGAAUUCUAUCAUGAAGUCGUGUCUAACAAGCUGGUAUCAAAAUGACGAUUUCAAAAAAUUAUGUACUGAAGAAUAUUUAAAAGAGAGAAGUGAAUAUAGAAAAUCAGGAGUUAAAAAAUCAGUGAGAAGAGCA